UAUAUAUAUCACUUGUUUUUUAUCUAGUAAUAUUAUUCAAUCAAACGCGAAUUAAAUAUCAAGUUAAAACAAAAAAAAUGUAUAGAACUUCUGUUAUAUCUUGUAUUCUUUUCGUUUCAAUAUGUAGCGGCACUGGCAAUCCAUUACCGGAAUAUGUGUCUCUGUACUUCAAACCAAACCAAGUGAGUGAAAAUGAGGACAGUCGCGGUUACGGCCAGGCAAUAGCAAACACUGAUUUAAUGGCAGGCAAACUACCAUCAAUGACUUUGGCCAGGUUUAAAGAUAGUGUUUAUUACUUUGCAGGCAUCUUCAAGGGGAAUCAUUACCAGGCAACGCAGUUGUGCAAAUAUCAUAAUAUGGAUUUAGUUAGUAUAGAAACAAAAGAAGAAAAUGAUUUUCUGUACGAAUAUAUGACUUCAUUUUACGGAAAUACCGACUACAUAUUUUGGACUUCUGGAUCUAUCGAUAAUCUUUCUGACUGGAUAUGGAUGGGUACAGGCAAACCGAUUAUUUUCGCUAAUUGGUUCCCCAAACAACCAGAUAAUGCUGGCAAUAACGAAAAAUAUUUGGAAGUUAAUUACAGUCUAAACAAUAAAGGACUAAUGUGGAACGAUCGUAUCAGCACUUUUCAGAAUUACGCAAUUUGCGAACUUACUGUUCCAAAAAGUGUAUCGGAAGUUUUAGCGAAUAUUGGUAAUUUCACUUUGAAUGUUCCUGUUUUAUAAAAUUCAUUUAGUUCUAUAUCUAUAUUUUAUCAAUUCGAUGAGAUUUAAUAGACGUUUUGACUUUA